AUGGCUAGAUAUAUAUACAUGUUAGAGUCGGUAUAUCCAGAUUCACAUAUUAAAAUGCAUAAAGUGGAAGAUAAUAAAUUCAGGCCUAUAGUUGUUAUUGAUGGUGCGCAUUUGGGUGGAGCAUAUAAAGGUACAUUUGUUUCCGCAAGCACUCUUGAUGGAGAAGUUGGGAAGAUUGAUCAGAAGGUAAAGUCUUAUCUUGAGGUUGCUGGAUUUAAAAAGUGGGCACAGGUGUAUUCACCUAUCAACAGAGAAAGAAUGAUGACCUCUAACAUAGCGGGGUGUAUAAAUGGUAAGCUGAAGCAAGCACGUGAGUUGCCGAUAAUCGAAUUUCUAGAAGAGGCCAAAAAAUUAUUUGGAAAGUGGAACUGGAAGAAUAGAGACAGAGCAUCUUAUGCAAACACGACAAUGGGUAGUAGAUUCGAAGGAAUUCUUCAUCUAAAUACUUCAAGAUCUUCAAGUCUUAAGGUUAGUGCAUCAUCAACAUAUGUUUAUUCGGUUUACGAUAAAGGAUGA